UUCGGGGUGUCUAGGGCCGCUUGGUCUGAUCUGAGGCUCCCGGAGGCUGCCCUGGGGCUGGGGCAACGGGAGCGGGAAGCCGCGAGAGGAGGCCGGUCCGAGGCUCGCCAGCUGAGUCCGGGGGUGACCCCGAUUCUGGAUCGGGGUCGGGGGUGCGCGGGGCCCGUGCUGGUCCUCCUCUCUGGACGCCGUUCCGCCCAGAGUCCGAUGGCGGCGGCCGCGCGGAGGGGCCCGGCUCCGGGCUGUGUGACCUUUGAGGACGUGGCUGUCCGCUUCUCCUGGGAAGAGUGGGGUCUCCUUGAUGAAGCCCAGAGACUCUUGUACCGUGAUGUGAUGCUGGAGAACUUUGCACUGAUGGCCUCUCUGGGACUCGCGUCUUCCAGGACUCAUGAAAUUACCCAGUUGGAGUGGUGGAGACAGCCCUCCUUGCUUCCCUGUGGAGUCAUGACUGCAGCCAUGCCAAGAGGUUUGUGGUGUAGAGCAGAGGUCGAGGAAGCGCCUUCUGGGCAGAGCGUUUAUGUAGAAGGAGUGUUCAGAGCAAAACUUCAACAGCAGAAGCCGCACUGUGGAGAGAGAUCUUUAAGGAGAGAAGAGGGCAGGGAGGGUGGGAAGGACUUCCCAGUUAGUGCUGGUUUUCUUAACCAUCAGGUGACCCACAGUGGAGGGAAGCCACAUAGGAGCACCGAAGGUGGGGAGGCCUUCCAGCCUGGAAAAAGGCAUUAUGAAUGCAGUGAAUGUGGGAAAGCCUUUGGUCAGAAAUACUUACUUGUUCAGCACCAGAGACUACAUACUGGAGAAAAGCCUUAUGAAUGCAGUGAAUGCGGGAAGUUAUUUAGCCAUAAAUCAAACCUUUUUAUACACCAAAUAGUUCACACUGGAGAAAGGCCUUACGGGUGUAGGGAGUGUGGAAAAUCCUUUAGCCGCAAUGCCGACCUCAUUCAACACCAGAGAGUCCACACUGGAGAAAAGCCUUUUACAUGCAGUGAAUGUGGAAAAGCCUUCAGGCAUAAUUCCACGCUGGUUCAGCAUCACAGGAUCCACACUGGAGUGAGGCCUUAUGAGUGCAGCCAAUGUGGGAAAUUCUUUAGCUUUAACUCAAGCCUCAUGAAACACCAGAGAGUUCACACUGGAGAAAGACCUUAUAAGUGCAGUGAAUGCGGGAAAUUCUAUAGCCACAAGUCAAGCCUUAUUAAUCACUGGAGGGUUCACACUGGAGAAAGGCCUUACGAGUGCAGCGAAUGUGGGAAAUUUUUUAGCCAAAGCUCUAGCCUCAUGCAACAUCGAAAAGUUCACACUGGAGAGAAGCCUUUUAAGUGCAACGAAUGUGGGAGAUUCUUUAGUGAGAAUUCCAGCCUUGUUAAACACCAGAGGGUUCACACUGGAGUGAGACCUUACGAGUGCAGGGAAUGUGGGAAGUUUUUUCGCCACAGCUCCAGCCUUGUUAAACACCGGAGGAUUCACACUGGAGAAAUGCCUUAUGAGUGCAGUAAUUGUGGGAAAUCCUUUAGCCAGCGUUUCAACCUCAUUCAACACCAGAAAGUUCACAGUGGAGAAAGGUCUUGAAUGCAACUAAUGUGGAAAAGCCUUUUACCAAAGGUCUGCUCUGAUUCAGCAGUGGAAGCUUCAGUCCAGAUAGGCUGAUGCAUACAGUCAGUGUGAAGAGUCUUUUGGCUUCAGCCACAGACUUAACCUUGUUGGGCAUCAGAAUGUUCACACUGGAGAGAAGCUUUAGGAGUGCAGUGCACGUGUGGUCUCACGGGCAUCCUAACUUCAGACAGAGGAGCUCUGCACGUAGCCUUCGUGAGGGAGCCACAGUGGAACAUCACUCAUCCAGCUAUGCUGACAUACUGCCUCCUGAGAAGGUCGGCCUCUGCCUCGGAGCUCCAGGAAGAGGGAUUCCCGUGUUCCUGGAUGUAUCCAUUUGGAGCAGAGUUCUACCUCUGUCACUGGAAUGGGGAGAGGUAAAGGUCUUGGUUCAGAUGUGACUGGCUCUUGCUGUUCUUACUGAAUAUUAGGUGUUCUGGAGGAAAUGUUUCCUUGUUUGCAGUAUACCCUUAGGAUCAUUUCCAGAGACUUUAAGUUGUGUUUUUAUAAUUUUCCCCAAUUUUAAUAAGCAGGCCCACAAAGUUCCUCACACUGUCGUGCAGGAAGUUGAUCUAUUUAACUCUGUAAGAACUUGCCAAGUUGUGUUCUAGAUAGUUGUGACAUUUCAUAUUUCCUCCUAGAGUAUAUUCGAUUUCCAGUUUCUUCACAUUAUUGCUGACCUUUGUGUGUAAGACACAGGCCCUUUAUUCAUUUCAGCCACUCUAGUAGGUGUGUGGUUUUACCUUGCAUCUCCAUAGUGAGUCAGUGUUGAGCAUUAUUCUCUGUGUUUAUCUGCCACCCAUGUGUCUUCCUUAGGGAAUUGUCUGUGGUUUUUUGCCUACUUUUAGAAAAAUUGAUUGGUGUCUUACUAUUUUGUGAUUUGAUAUAUUCUACAUAGAUAGAAGUUCCUUAUUUGGUAUAUCUUUACCAGUGUUUUCUCACAGUCUGUGCCUUUGAUUUUCAUUUCUUAAAAGUCUCUUCCCUAGGGCAGAAUUUGUUAAUUUUCAUGAAGUUCAAUUUAUUUGUUAGUGACUGCACGUUUGGUAUUCUCUUCUUUUUCUUUUAUGGUACUAUAUCUUGUCUGUAAAUAAAAGUCUUUCUGAGUAUACUGGAGUCUUAUCAGUCUUUAUCCAAUCUUGUGAAAUCUUUGUAGGUUUAAAUGUAGAUGAAGAAUUCAAUGUAUGUAGAUGUACCUGUGUACAUAACCCCUAUCUCUUCUCGGCCUAGAAAGCAGUGGCACUGCAGUAGACAUCAGCAUAUUUAGUGGCCAAUUAUUGUCUUGUAAAUGUAAUUUUUCAAUAAAAAAAACCCACACUCGGAAAAGAGGCUAUGUUCAGGUUGGCGGCAGGAAAGGUACAUGAGCCUAGGAAAUAUUCUUCAAUUAGCCAAGAAAUGCUCACAGAAUGAUGUUGAUGUAUUAGCUUUCCAUUGCUGUCCUAACACAUCACCACAGACCUAUGGCUUAAACCACACAAAUUAUUUAUAGCACUGUGGGUUGUAAGUCCUACCCAGGACCUACACAGGACAGGUCUCAAUGGGCUAAAAUCAAGGUGUUGGCAGGGAAUGUGUUCUUUUCUGGAGGCUCUAAAACAGAUUGUUUCCUACUCUUUUGAGUUGUUGGACAGUUUAAGUUCCUUGUGGUUGUAGGACUCCUGUCCCUGUUUUCUAUGUAGCUGUCAGCUUAGGGUCAGCCCUGGAACAUUUUAGAACUUUUACAGCAUAUGUAAAGCUGAAACAAUACCAAUUGUGCACAAGUCUUCCAAAACAAGGUUCAUACAUUUCCCAACUAAUUAAGUGAACCCAAUAAUAACAUGAUACUACAUAUGGAGAAUAGUAUUAAGACAAAUUACAGAGCAAUACCCACAUUAACAUAGAUACAGCAAAACCUUAACAAAAAUAUUUUGGGGGUUGGGGAGAGGAUGAUGUGGCAGAGUAGGAGGACUGUAGGCUUGCCUUGUCCCAUGAAUACAAAUAAAUAUCAAAUCAUCCUAAAUACUCCAGAAAUCAACUUAAAGACUGGCAGGCAGAACAAACUCCACAACUGAAGGUAGAGAAGAGGCCACAUCAAAGAAGGUAGGAAGUGUGGAGAUGUGGUCUGGGAGAGAAAUGGAUCGUGGCUGACAUUUGUGGGGAGAGAGCCAUGGUCACAGAGAAGGGCAAGAGACAGACUAGCACAUGGGAAAGCAUGGGGAAAAUGAAUCCCCAUAGCAAUUAGCUUGGAAAGCAAGAGGGGCCAAAUUUCAUGAGUACUUGCAUCCAGUAGGGCUUAAAGCCUGGAGUUCUAAAAGUCAGCAGGAUCACAUAGAGACACGAGGCCUUGGGGCUGCUUUUGGAGAGAAGGCAGAGCAAACAGCCUGUGGACAGUAAUCCGAAGAAUGCCUGGGGCACAGAGUGGGGAGGUUAUUUGCUCAUCUUGUAGUGUGUCCCAAAGAGGCAGAAUUCAUGGAGAGAUCCCUGCAGGAACAAAGGAACUGGUAGAUGCCAUUUCCCUCCCCCACCCCUUGACAUAAACACAGGGACACCUGCGAGAACCAGCAUAGCACAGACACUUGCUCACUUGCUGCCUAACUUGUUUACACCAAGCUCAGCACCCUCCAUGGUCUGGUAGAACUACCCUUCCUAGUCAUGAUUGCCUUAAUCCUAGUGGAGUGGGCCCCCUCCCUCAGAAGACUGGCCCACAUACCUGCCAAUACUGCACCUCCCAACCUGGGAAUUUUGCAGGGCCUCCGUUCCAGUGACAGUGGCGACAGGUCUUAUUUCACAGGCAGACGAGAGCACAUCUAGUUAAAAUGUGCUACAUUCAGGCCAAGGAUAAAACAUUACCCACAACAGGCAAAUAAUCUGCAGACGACUAGCUGGAAGGAUAAAGCACCCAAGAGAGAACAGCAGAACACAUACAGCACAUAUGAUGAACACUCGGAAGUACCAGGCCCUGGGGGAAAGGGGGACACUAUGCAGCAGGGCACUACAAGACCUCUUACUUAUAAGGCCCUCAAGAGCAGGAGACCUAGUCGACUUUCCUAACAAACAGAAAUAGGCACAGAGACCUAAAAUGAGAAGAGGUACCAAAUGGAACAGGAUGAGGCCACAGACAGAGAUCUAAAUGAAACAGAUAUAAGUAACAUGUCUGAUGGAGUAUUUAAAGCAAUGAUCAUAAGGAUACUCACUGGACUUGAGAAAAGAGUGGAAGACAUCAGUGAAACCCUUAAUACAUGGAUAAAAAAAAAUCAUCAGAAAUGAAGAGUGCAAUAAAUGAGAUUAGAAACAUGCUUAAUGCAAUGAACAGCAGGCUGGAAGAAGCAGAAGAAGGAAUUGACCACCUAGAAGAGUAAUGGAAAGUAAUCAAGAUGGACAAAAGAGGAAAAAAAAAUAUGCAAAAUAAGAAUAAACUUAGGGAACUCAGUGACUCCAUCAAAUGUAUUAACAUUUGCAUGGGAGGAGGAGGAGAAAGGAGAAAAGGGGGCAGAAAAAUUAUUUGAAGAGAAUAAGGCCAUAUAUGACAAGCCCACUGCUAUCAUACUUAACAGUGAAAGCUGAAAGCUUUUCCUUUAAUGUCAGGAAAAAGAACACCCACUCUCACCACUUUUAUUCAACAUAGCAUUGUAAAUCCCAGCCAGAGCUAUCAGACAGGAAAAAGAAGUAAAAAGCAUCUAACUUACAAAGGAAGAAAUAAAACUGUCACUAUUUGCUGACAACAUGAUUUUAUAUAUAAAAAAAAUCCUGAGGGGCACCUGAGUGGCUCAGUUGGUUAAGUAUCUGACUUUGGCUUGGGUCAUGAGCUCACGGUUCAUUAAUUUGGGCCCUGCAGUGGGCUUUCUGCUAUUAGCACAGAACCUCCUUCAGAUCCUCUGUCCUCCCUCCCUUUCUGCCCCUCCCCUGCUCACAUGUGGGGUCUCUCUCUCUCUCUCUCUCUCUCAAAAAUAAACAUUUUAAAUCCUGAAAACUCCAUCCAAAAAAAAAAACAAAAAACCUGUUAGAAUAAACAAAUUCAAAUUUGUUAAAGUUCAGCAAAGCACAAAAUCAAUAUACAAAAAGGUCGUGUUUUUAUACACUAAUAACAAAUAGAAGGAAAUUUAAAAAGCAAUUCCAUUUAUAAUUGCAUCAAAAAUAAUAAAAUACCUAGGAAUAAACUUAACCAAGGCAGUAAAAGACCUAUAUACACUGAUUACUAUAUAGGACUUUGAUGAAAGAUGAAAGAAGACAUAAGUAAAUGGAAAGAUAUUCUGUGCUCAUGGAUUGGAAGAAAUAAUGCUGUUAAACUGUUCAUAUUACCCAAAGCAAUCUACAGAUUCAAUGCAAUCCCUAUCAACAUUUCAAUGGCAUUUUCCACAGAAUUAGAACAAUCCUAAAAUGUGUACAGAGCCACAAAACAUCCCAAAUAGCCAAAGCAAUCUUGAGAAAGAAGAACAAAGCUGGAGGCAUCAUGCUCCCUGAUACCAGACUAUUACAAAGCCAUAAGUAAUCAAAACAGUAUCAGGGGGCAUAAAAACAGACACAUAGAUCAAUGGAAGAGAACAGAGGCCAGAAAUAAACCCACAUACACAUGGUGAAUUAAUUCACAACAAAGGAGCCAAAGAGAUUGAAAAAAAUAUCUUCAAUAGUGUUGGGAAAACUGAACAGCCACAUGCAAAAGAGUAAAACUGGAUCACUACCUUACAUGAUACAUAAAAAAUAACUCAAAAUGGAUUAAAGACUUGGCCGUAAUACCUGAAACCAUAAAUCUAGAAGAAAACGUAUGUGGCAAGCUCCUUGACAUCAGUCUUGAUAAUGAUUAUUUGGACCAGACUCCAAAAGCGAGAGAACAAAGGCAAAAAUAAACAGGUGCAACUGCGUAAAACAAAGACGCUUCUGCACAGCAAAGGCAAGCAUCGACUCAAGUGAAAAGGCCAUCUACUAAAUGGGAGAAGAUAUUUGCAAAUCGUAUUUUUUAGUAUGGAAAAUACAUAAAGGACCCCUACGAGUCAACAAUGAAAAAGAAACCAAACAAUCCAGUUAAAAAAAGGGCAGAUGUGAAUAGACAUUUUCCCAAAGAAGACAUACAGGCUCAACAUCACUCAUCAUCAGGGGCAAGGAAACGCAAAUUAAAACCACAAUGAGCUAUUCCUUCUCACCUGACAGAAUGGCUGUUAUAAAAAAGACAAGAAAUAACAAGUGUUGGUGAGAAUAUGGAGAAAAGGAAAUCCUUAUGCACUGCUGGCAGGAAUAUAAAUUGGUACAACCACUAUGGAAAACAGUAUAGAAGUUCCUCAAAAAUUAAAAAUGGAUUCACCAUAUAAUCCAGCAAUUCCACUUCUAUUUAUCUGAAGAAAAUGAAAACACCAAUUUGAAAAGAUACAUGCAACCCUAUGUUCAUGGAAGCAUUUACAAUAAUGAAGACGUGGAAACAAACUGUGUCCAUUGAUGGAUGAACGGAUAAAGAUGUGGUGUGUAUACACAAUGGAAUACUAUUCAGCUAUAAAAAAGAAGGAAAGCUUGCCAUUUGCAACAACAUGGAUAGACCCUGAGUGUAUAAUGCUAAGUGAAAUAAAUCAUGAAGACAAAUCUGUAUGUAUGAUCUCACUUAUAUGUGGAAUUAAAAAAAAUGAACUCAUAAAUACAUAAAUUAGUGCUUGCUAGAGGUGGGGGUUGAGAGGGUAGGCAAAUGGAUAAAGAGAGUCAAAAGGUACAAUCCUCCAAUUAUAAAAUAAAUCAUGAGGAUGUAAGGUACUGCAUGGUGACCACAGUUAACACUGUAUUACAUAUUUGAAAGGUGCUAAGAGUAUAUCUUAAAAGUUUUCAUCACAAGAAAAAAAUGUUCUGUAACUGAAUGGUGAAGGAUGUUUAUUAGACUUCCUGUGUUGAACAUUUUUCAGUAUAUACAAAUAUAAAAUCAUUAUGUUGCACACCUGAAAUUAACUUGUGUCAAUUAUAUCCCAAUAAAGAAUAAGGUUGUAAUUACUCAUUGGUAAUGAUUGUCUACUCUGAAAAAGAAAAAAUAAAAGCAAUUAUAGUUAAGCAAAAUCAGCAAGCUUACUUAUACAUAUAUAAUGUUAACUCAUUUCGAUACAGAAAAUUCUGUAUAACAGAAACAAAAACUUUAAAAAUGUAUUUAAAAUAAAAUAUGCCAUUUAAAAUAGCAAAAUAUGAAGAAUUAGGAGUAAUCAGACAAAAACAUGACUAUGACCUUCAAAUAUUCUCACUAAGUCAUAGCGUACUUGCUUAAGGUUUAUAAUACAUGAUUUGUAUCUGUGCAAUUAUCUAAUUGUUUGCUUUGCUUAAGGUUGGCUGUCACCCAAAUAAAACUUUCUCCACAUCAGGAACUGUGCUUUCCAUGUGUCACACUAUCCUGUUCACUAGUGUGCAAUACUAAGAUAUUUAAAAAAUGAAGUGAUUUUGAGAAGGUACCAAAAAAAAAAAAAAAAAAAGCCAACACACCACUUACAUCAAAACUUCAUGAGGACAAGAAACAAAACAAUGACAGAAGUAGAGACCUAAUUAACACAGGUGAAUGAAAUCAGUAGUAAUAAAAUAUAUGGCAAAUCCCAUCCAGGAAAAAG